CACCGCCCGGAGCCCGGCACCGGGGGGAGGGAGGCGGGAGGCUCCCGCCCGCCCGCGCCUCCCUGGGCUGCCGCGACGAGGAUGCGGCAGCCGCCGGGCACCGCCGGGCUGUAGCCGCCCGCCGACCCGGACCCCAUGGGAUGUGCCCGCCGUCGCCUGGGUGAAGUGUUUGGUUUCCAAAUGGCCGAGAACAGCUGUGGGCUGGAUGGUGGGAACGUGGCCUCCGAGCUGUAGGAUUCUGGCAGAGCUGGCCAUGAUGUUAUGGUUUGUGGUUGGUGCCCUCUUCCCAGCGCUGCUCCUGGCUGCACCACCCCCCAUAAACAAACUCGCUCUCUUCCCGGACAAGAGUGCAUGGUGUGAGGCAAAGAACAUCACCCAGAUCGUGGGGCACAGCGGCUGUGAGUCCAAGUCCAUCCAGAACAGGGCCUGUCUGGGACAGUGUUUCAGCUACAGUGUCCCCAACACCUUCCCUCAGUCCACAGAGUCCCUGGUUCACUGUGACUCCUGCAUGCCAGCCCAGUCCAUGUGGGAGAUCGUGACACUGGACUGUCCAGGCAAUGACGAGAUCCCCAGGGUUGACAAGCUGGUGGAGAAGAUACUUCACUGUAGCUGCCAGGCUUGUGGGAAGGAGCCCAGCCACGAGGGAGCCCUGUUCAAUGUCUACCUGAAUGCAGAGGAGAACAUGCCUGCUGAAGGUCCCAGACCCCACCACUAUGCCCACCAUCAGCAGGAGGUGGAAGAACCUCCUGCCUCCAGCCACCACCAUCACGAGGAGGAGGGCGAGGAGUGACCUGGCCCUUGGGGACUGUGACAUGGGCAGGGGAUGUGUGCAAGGGGGAGAGCUGGGGUUUGGGGAGGGAGGGGGGAUGGUGAAGUCUUUCCUGUCUAAUAGCUGCCCUCAUGCUUUGCUCUCCAAAACACCCCAGGGCUGGAGGAAUGUUUUGAGGCACAAGGAGGGCUGAAGGGCAGCCAUGGGGCUGGAGCUGCAGGGUGAGAGAGGAGAGCUCAGUUUCUGAUGCAAAACUACUUGCACAUAAUAGUAAUAAUAUAUUGAGAGGAGCAGGAACCCGGAUGAGGGGGUUUUGGCUGAGAGCAAGAGCUGAGCUGAGCUUCCUGGGGCUGUCUGCAGGCUCCUGAACCUGCUGUAGAGCCCUCACUGAGUCCUUCUGGGCUUUUCUUUUGUAAAUGGCUUGUGCUUGGGGUGGAGGAAGAAGGGAUGCAGCCUCUCCACAGUCCCACCAGAGACACACAUCUCUCAGGGGUGUGUGGGACCAGCAGCAUCCCUUCUCCCUCCUACCUGCCCUGCCUGCCUCAGGACACGUGAGCCCAACGUGCUGUUCCUCCUGGCACCCACUGGGUCUCGAUUCACCCCCAAGCCCCUCGCAUCAGCCAUCUCCUGGGGAGUGUUUUGUUUCUGAGGUCACUGGGAACUGUGGUGCUCAGAGCCCUUUCCUUGCUGGUCCACAGGGCCACCACAUAGCUCUCUGGGGAUGAGAGAAUUGGGUCACACAGGCUCUGGGGCUUCACGUUUUGUGGCCCACAGAGAACAGCCCAGAGCAGGCUGGUGCUGGGGUGACCAGUGUGGGAGGCAGCCCCUCUCCCCACUCUCCCUGCUGCACCUUACUGGUGGUGGAGGGAGGAGGGGGACAGAUGCUGAUGCACAUCUGAGGGGCACAGCUCAGGCAGGGCUGUGUGGAUUGGGGUGGGGGGAUGGCCCUGUGCCCCUCCUGCUCCCCCUCCCUCUCUGUUAUAUAAAGCUGAUUCCUUCGGCGCUGUCCUGACAAGAGCUUCCAGAGCUUGUAAUCAACACCCCCCUCUCCUUUUCACAAGGGUUGGUUUGUUGGUUUGGUUGGUAUUUUUUUCCUUAAAUAAACUAGUCCUGACUUCA